AUGGACGAACCACUGAUUUCACACACUACAUCGUCAGAAACAGACACAUCCGCAAGAAUUGAUGACCUCCAUCCUAUCGAACUAGCAGCCCACUCACUACUAACUGGCCCACUAGAUACCCUAAGUGAUAAUUUCGAACUGUUGAACCAAUCACAAAUCAUUCUUUUGACGAGACUACGUGUUAUUGAAAAUCGAUUGAAAACGUUCAAGCAAUUGGUUGAACUGAACGAUAUUAGUGAAAAGCAAUUGUUGGCUCAAUUUAACAAGAUUAAAGACUUGACUGAUCGGAUAAAUCGGUGUUUAAAGUUGUUGGACAAGAUUGACUCUCGAAUAUCGCGAUUGGAUGAUUGA